AUGUCACCGUCGACCUCGCAGCCUGGCCAGGCACCUUCACCGGCUAGUGCCACUCCUGCUUUAUCGAAUGCACCCCCUCCUGCUCAGCGACCUCAGCAGCCUCCAUCGCAGCAGGGGACUCCAGGACCAGGAGGUCAAGUCACUUUCAGCCAGACUCCUAACCUCGAUGGAUCUACCCCGACCCCAACAAGCUCUCAGCCGGUUAACCAAGGGCCACCUCGUCCGCUGUCGCAUCAAGCAGCGAUGCAGCAAGCUGCUCAAAACUAUAAUACUAAUCAGAACCAGCAGCAACAACAACAGCCACAUCAACAGCAGCAGCAGUCAAACAUGAAUCAGGCUGCCGCCAAUCAACAAACUCACCCACCAGGCUACCUUGCCAAUCGGUCAACUGAGGCUUCUGCUCGUAACAUUAACAUGCACAUCCCCAAAAACCUUAACGUCUCCACACCUGAACCAGUCUCCAUGCCUCCUUCUCGCCCCUCUCUUACUGGUGGCCCCAACCAUAGCAAUAUGGGCGGUAUGAUGAGCCAACCCGCCAUUCAAAAGCACCCUGGCUAUGUCCUUGAGGGUGAAGGUCAACAUGUCCUGAGCAAAAAAAUGCUUGAUAUCCUCGUUCGCCAGGUCACUGGUGGUGGUGAAGGAGAGAUACUGACUCCUGAUGCCGAAGAGUUCGUUCUCUCGAUGGCCGAUGACUUUGUUGAUGAUGUGAUUACCCAGGCUUGCCGUCUCGCCAAGUUGCGCCCAUCUUCCACUCUCGAGAUCCGUGACAUCCAACUCGUCCUUGAGCGCAACUACAACAUGCGUAUCUCCGGUUUUUCGACUGAUGACCUCCGCACCGUUAAGAAGCCCCAGCCUACCCAGGGCUGGCUGCAGAAGAUGACGGCCAUCCAGGCUGCCAAGGUCACUCAAGGAAGAUCUGAAUAA